CUGCAGCACGUCAAAAAAAAAACAGCAAAACAAAAAAGGCAAAGAAAAAUCCAUACUUUUUUGCGUGCUCCGAACAAUUUGUGGAAUUUUACUGUGUUUAUUUAUGUUUGCAAUAAAGAAAAGCGCCGUACACUAGUUCGGGUAGUUGCGGGAAAGUUCUGGAACGUGCGAGCACCUUCCACGGGGUUGGAUUUCCACAACUACGCACACACACAAGGACACACUAUCGCUCGGCGACGCACCGAGAUGGCAUCCCAUUCUAGUUUCUACCAGGGAACCAAGCGGAUCUCUCCCCUCAAGAUCAGAAAUCCAAGCAUACUGCCAUCACAAAUAAUGCCGUCGCCUACGGGUGCACCGUUCAACUUUGCCGAAAUGCCCUGGUCGUACGGGAUGAAACCGGGGCAAGUGAUGGAAUUCAAUGCAGUUAUCCGACCAAGCCCCAUCACGGGACCACCCUCGCCCAUCCCCCAGAUGCCAUCCGGUAGCAGCCCACCAUCAUUUGGACCCGCGCCGGUCUCCUUCCUGCCGGAACUCAGAAAACGAAAGCCCGAUCCCGACGUCAUCCCAAUUCCAUCGAAGCAAUUUCUCACCGAGGAAGUAAUGUCAUCGCAUUUCAACAAUCUGCACCUUUCCACCGAAUACACCGCCCACGACAUCCGUACGCAGGCAUCGACAGCUGACCCUCGUGCCCACUCCAGCCGAGAAGAGGACAUGCUGCUGGGCGAUGCGGGCAACGUUUCGGACGACGCGGACGCGUACCACGUGUGCAUGUCGCCGCAGGAGCUGGAGGAACGGUUAAAGAAAGCACAGCGCAUCGCAAUCUGCGAGGAGGUGCGCCGGUUGGACGGCCGGGGCGAAAUCUUGCCCAAAGCGUUGCUGCAGCGCAUCGAAAAGCCGUGCACUGCGCUGAUGAUCUGGCAGCCGCCCCAGGAGCGCGUGCAGUCCGUGCUCUCGAAGGUUGCCCAACAGUUGGAGGAACGGGAGCGUGAGGAGCGGAAAGCGAUGAAAAAUAACAACAACAGCGAAGCUGCGCCGGACUCGAUGGCCAUCAGUGACGAACCACUGCCGGAUCUGCCCGAUUACGACGAGGAUUUGGAUUUUGAGCCGGACGGGAGCGGCGCGGGUUGGCCGCAGGGAUCAGCGCCGGAUCCGGCCACGAUGGACGUGGAAAUGUAGCUUUUAGAAGGAUGCAAAGGCGAGCUUCUCUUUGUCAUGUAACAAUCCUAAAUAAUCAUGCUGUACAGUUUUUGGCGUGCUCUAACGUGAUUUGCGCGAAGGAAAACUAAUGUAAGGAAAAUAAGCGGUGUCUUGUUUCUUCAUUUUCUUUUUACAAUGUUGUCCUUUCGAUAGGGUCCGUAAGCCAGUAAGGAAUAAAUUUAAAUGCUUCUUGAA